UGAUAAUACGAAAAUAUACAUAGAGUUAUAAAAGGGGUAAACAUCUUAUCUUGCACGGAAGUUUUGGUAUUUGCGCUUGUUUUAAUUGAACUGGGCUGAUUUGACGGAAUGAUUGUGCUGGCAAUCCCGGAAGUGACGUUACUGACACGGUGUUUACGAAUGGCGGCUACAUGGGUUUAGCUCACGUCCUAAAACUCGAGUUCUACGGGUGAAACGGCGAAAACUAAGGACGUCUGCUUGGAAAAACGUGCGAGGAUGGACCCGGCGGUGGCGACGGGAGCUUCGCUGGCGACCGGAGGGCGUGCGGGUGGUAAUAAAGCAGCCACCAGCCCUCUGGAAAACUACCAUCUGGCUCGACGGCGGACCCUACAGGUAGCGGUGAGCGCCCUCCUGACAGAGUGUGGCUUCGACUGCGCCGAGAAGGCCGCUGUGGAGACGCUCACUGAAAUGAUGCAGAGUUAUAUAACGGAAAUUGGGCGCUGUGCUAAAUCAUAUUGUGAACACACGGCCAGGAGUAUUCCAACGCUCUCCGAUACGGUGGUGACGCUUAUUGAAAUGGGCUUCAACGUGGAGACGCUGCCCGUAUACGCCAAGCGCUCCCAGAGGAUGGUCAUCACCGCACCUCCGAUCACCAACCACCCAAUGACCCCCAAAGCUUUGUCAGCCGGACAGAAGCGCACGCACCCGCCUCACAUUCCUAGCCACUACCCGGAAUUCCCGGACCCGCACACCUACAUCAAAACCCCCACAUUCCGGGAACCCGUAUCGGACUAUCAGGUGGUGCGCGAGAAAGCGGCGACUCAGAGGCGGGACGUGGAGCGAGCGCUCACGCGCUUCAUGGCCAAGACCAGCAAAACGCAGAGCCUCUUCAAAGAUGACAUCACUGCCUUCCCGCUGAUCGCCGCACAGCCGAGCGCCAUCCCUUAUCUCAGCGCCCUCUUGCCGUCCGAGCUGGAGCUACAAACGCUGGAGGACGCGGAUUCGUUGGAGCAGGACGACCAGACGGACGGCGACAACGCCGCUGGCAACAUCAUGAGCGACGAGUUGUCGGUGGACAAAGAGAACGCCAUGCUUCCUCCGGGGGGCGCUAUUCCGCCCACAAAAGUCUGCGAGGAUAACGUGAUUGACAACCCGUACUUGCGGCCUGUAAAGAAACCCAAAGUGAGGAGGAAGAAAUGAGCCGGGAAAUUUUUAUAGACUUUAUUUUUUCCCCCACUUCCUCUGUUUAGAAUCAACAUGGCUAGUUGUCAUGGUUACCAGGAUUCUUCUACUGAAGAGCAAUUUGGUUGGAUUUGUUUGUACUUUCUUUCUAGAAGCACUCGUUCAUAAGUGUUAUUUUUUAAAUUUGGUGUCAAAAACAUGUUUUGUGAAUAAAAGAUUUUUUUUUGGGAUGGUUGAACUCAUUGGUUGCCAUUAAAAUCUAGCACCGUCAAUAGCACAGAAGAAGCAUGAGCGUUCACAGCCAGUCUUCCUUGUUGAUGACAAAAUUGAAAAAG